AUGUUAAAGCAACAAGAUGGUGAUGUUAAAACUUUGGAAAUCGAUGAUGCAGGCACUACUAGUGAGCAUAACAUUGAGAGUAUAGGUACAAGAUCUACACGGGAGGUAUCCAAGAGUGAUGAUGAUAAUGAUGAUGAAAAUAACCUGAUACUGGCGGAACUAGAUCCGGAUAUUGCAGAGUUACCAAAAGUUGUGAGAGAAGUAGUCUCCUUUCAGAAUGAUCCUAGUACUCCAAUUCUAACGUUUCGGUAUUUCAUUCUUUCGAUAAUUUUCAUUAUACCGGGUGCAUUUAUCGAUACAAUGAACUCAUAUAGAACCACUUCUGCGGCAUACUCGAUUUUUUUCGUACAAGUGGCUUCACAUUGGUUUGGAAAAUGGCUAGCCAAAGUUCUACCUAAUAAAACGAUCCAUCUUGGUCGCUUUUUCAAAUUCAACUUAAACCCUGGUCCAUGGACCAUCAAAGAAACUGCAAUGGUUACAAUAACGGCAAGUUCAGGAGCAACUGGAAGUUUAGGCACAAAUGCAUUAUCCUUAGCGGAGAUUUACUACGGGGAAACCGUUAAUCCAGCAGUAGCAUUAUUUUUCAUGUGGUCAAUCGUCUUUGUUGGUUAUUCUUAUGCCGGAAUAGCAAGAAAUUUCUUGCUCUAUGAUCCACAAUUUGUUUGGCCACAAGCAUUAAUGCAAACUACUCUAUUCCAAACUCAGGAUAAGUCAGAUCGGGACUCAAUACAAGGCUCAAAACAAAUGAAGGUUUUUUUUUGUGUCUUGGUUGGUGUUUGCAUAUGGCACUUUUUUCCUGAAUAUAUAUGGCCCAUGACUUCUUCUUUAGCGUUUUUAUGUUGGGUUGCUCCUGAAAACUAUGUUGCUAAUUUCAUUGGUUCGGGUUUGGGUGGUAUGGGCUUUAUGAAUAUCACUCUCGAUUGGUCAAACAUCACCUCGUCUAUAAUGUUGUACCCAUAUUGGGUGCAAGUUGUCCAAUUUAUUGCAUUUGUAAUAAGUGCAUGGAUAUUGAUUCCACUGGUUAAAUGGGGCGGACUAUCCAACUACAAAUACGGGUUAAUGUCAAAUAGUUUAUUCAUGGCCAAUGGUACAAAAUACCCGACUCAAGAGUUAUUGACAUCCGAUUUACAAUUGAACGUAACUCGAUAUGAAGAGUUGGGUCAUGUACACUUGGGCGCUCAAAGGGCUUGGAACAUGUUUUUCGAUUAUGCUGCUUAUGUUUCUGGAUUUGUUUGGGUUGUUGUGUUUGGAUAUUCUAGUUUAUCUUCAUCGUUUAAAAAAUUGGUCAAAUCAAGGAAAACAAAGGGAUCGUUGAGUUUACAGUAUACUGACCGAUUGAAUAAAAUCCAAUCUGCUUAUAAGGAAGUCCCCUUAUUCUGGUAUCUUAUUCUUUUCCUUUGUUCUUUUAUCACUUUGUUGGUUAUACUUGCAACAAAGAAGUUGUUUAUGCCAUGGUGGUGUCUUAUCAUUGGGUUAGUAUUUGGAUCCAUUAUUGUUACUCCCUUAGCAUGGCUUUAUGCAUUGUCUAAUUUCCAAUUAGCCAUAGGUACAUUCAACGAGUUGUUAUAUGGAUAUAUGAUUCAAACCCAAUCCUCAAGGCACCCUGCAGGAGCUACGGUGUACGGUGCAAUAGCGGGAGAUGCGUGGUAUAGAGCUCAGUAUAUUUUACAGGAUCAAAAAAUCGGUCAUUAUAUGCAUUUACCACCUAAAGCAGUAUUCUUUUCACAAAUAUUUGGCGAAUUGAUUGGAGUGCCUAUAAAUUACGCAGCUUUAAGAUGGGUCUUGUCUUCGAAAAUGGAAUAUUUAAAUGGGACUAAAGUAGAUCAUUUACAUCAAUGGACAGGGCAAGCGAUUGUUUCAUAUCACACUAAUGCCAUCCAGUACGUUGUAUUGGGGCCGUCUCGAUUAUUCAAGAAUUAUCAAGUGCUACCAUAUGGUUUCUUGGUUGGUGCUAUAGCUCCGAUUGUCAUCUAUGCAAUGUAUCGACUCUUUCCGAAAUCAAAACUCAAGUUCAAUUUAUGGAACACUACUGUUUUUUUCUCAACAAUGUCAACUUUUUAUGGCAAUAUAUCAACUGGACCAUUUUCUCAAUUUAUUGGUGGUACCAUAACUAUGUUUUAUGCAUAUAGAUAUAAACAUAAAAUAUGGAAAAAAUACAACUAUCUAGUUGCAGCGGCAAUUGAUACAGGAUACAAUCUAGCCGUCUUGUUGAUUUUCAUUUUUUUCUCAGCAGGUAAAACGGUGUUGAUGCCCAAUUGGUGGGGGAAUAAUGAGAAAAGUAUUGAACGAUGUUUUGCAUUGGCAAAGAAAUAA